AUGGAAAAAAGCCACGGGCUGCACAUGCUGCAGAGGCUGCACGGGCUGGAGCUCCCCCCGUCAAUCGAAUUUGACAACUACGAGGGGGGGCUCAAAAUGACGAAGCGGCUGAGCAUAAAGAACACCACGAAAAAGCUGAUACGGUUUAGGUUCCUCUUCCAAAGCAGCGCAUAUUUUACGUACCCUCUGCAGGAGGUGGAAAGCAUCAGUGCGGGGCUAAACAAAAGCUACCCCAUAACGUUCUUCAACCCUGUAAAUGACUUCCAAACUGUGAGUGAGACGCUAAGCAUAGUGAUCGAAGACAAGCAGAGGGACAAGAGAGUAGAGGUGCAUCUGAGAGCCACUCCCCUCAAAUGCGACGUCAUCAUACCCUCAGUUUUGCACUUCAAAGAUAAGGUAAUCAAACAGAAGGGGAAAGAAGAACUAGUUGUAAAAAACCAAGGUGCAUUAAACGCAGUGAUCAAAUUGACACAUAAAUACACCUCGAAGGAGAAAAAAGGAAAAAUCAAAUUGGAGCCUUCCCAGUUUGUUUUAAAGGCUAACCAAAAGCAGCAUGUACAGAUUAUUCUCUAUUCAGAUUUGCCUCAAAAAUUUCAAGAGUGCUUAUCUUGCUCCAUCAUUGAGGUGCCAAAGGAUCUAGAAGGAAAAAUAUUUCCCCAAGGUCCUAAGGUGACAAAUGCAAAUCAGAACAACAUGAGUGAAGAGAAGGGGGUGGCAGACAUCAUCCAAAUGAUCAACCAGGAAGAUGUGCAAGUGCGUUUGAUAAAGAAAAGGGUAGAGCUAAACUGGGUUGCCGUGUUGCCCCAACUUAUCAUUCUUUCUGACCAGGACAGGCAGAUCUCCCAUCAAGGCGUGGUCAACUUUGGAGAAGUGCCCCUGGGGCAGCGACUCACCAGGUCGAUCUAUUUGCAAAACGUUACCAGCGCCCCGAUAACGGUGAAGGUGGAGAGUAAGAAGUGCGCGGGGAGGGAGAAGUGCGCAGGGAGGGAGAAGUGCCACGUCUUCCACCUGCCAAAGGAAGAACUCACAAUAAAGGAGGGCGCCAAAGAGGAAAUCAUCCUGCACAUCAACGGGCAGAACCAAGUUAACCAGUACGCAGAGACGAUACAGUUCAAAGCGUGCAUAGAUUACCGCAUCGAGCUAUUCCUCAUCUGUGAAAUUAAAAAUGUGAAGUUGCACUUCACCAAGGUGCUCUACCUUUUGGAGAAUCUCAAAUUGGGAGACAGCGUCACGGAAAAAAUUACCAUCAGAAAUGACGACGACACGGAUGUCCACGUAGAAAUUGUAAAUCUCGGAUACCUAUUCAGCACUAAGUGCACCAAUUUUGUGGUGAAAAAAAAUUCAUACCAAUUUGUCAAUUUUACUUUCCAUUGUAUUUACCCCAUCAAUGUGUUCAAGAGAUUAUAUUUCUUGGUUCAUUUGAAUAAGCAAAUUUUUUACGUUGAUAUCAUUUGCAACUAUUCUGUUGGCUACAAAAUGUGCCCUCUUUCGAUGCACCACGUGUUUAGAACUAAGCACUUGAUUCAUGAUAAGCAGACCCUGUAUAGCUCUUACUAUGAUGAGAAGGACUACAUUGACAUCUGGGACUUCCCCCUCGAGUUCGGCUCCUACGAGGACUCCCCCGGCGAGAUGAUAAAUGAGAUAGUGCAGGCGGACGACGGGUGGGGUUUCGAGGCGCUGGAAAUCCUAGAAGCGGAAGAAAAAGACAUCAUGAUCAUAAACAAGACGCCCGUGGAGUACACCUGCGUGUGGUCCAACGCGGUGGACCAGCGGAGAGGCCAACUCAGCCUCUUCCAGAUCCUCCCCGCGGAGGCCCAGCUGCCCCCCUUCGGCUGCCAGACGUUUAGAGUAAAAAAUGCAAGGGCGCUCAAGGAGAAAUACACGAGGGAAGUAUACGAAUGCAUUGUGUUCCCCUCCAACAACAGGGACUAUAGGAAGUGCAACAGCAAAACGUUGCUGCCCCCCCGGUUCCUAUACGUGACUCUGUUUCAGUUCAAAAUAAAGUACCUGUGUGAGACCGAGAAUGUCCUGGACAGCCUGUGCGUCUACCCCAAACAGAUUUCCUUUUUGAACAUUAUCGAAGAGGAAAGCACCUACGCCGUUGUGAGGUUUGGGAAUUCUUCGGACGCCGCACAGCUGGUUGACUUCACUCCAUUCAAGGGCGACGUGGAGUCGAUCAGAGUCGCCCCGCUAGUGAACUACGUACCCAGAAAGGGCUCCCUAAACGUCCUUAUCUGUUACUCCCCCAAGAAGGCGCAGCUAACGGAAGACGAAAUUAAACUGCCCUAUUUAGUAAAUGGCAUUGAGAAGAAGCACAUCUCCGUUUUCGUCUCGCAUGAGAUAAACGGCGUCCUGUUCAAUGGGGGGGACCCCAACAUAAACCUGCCGUGCGUAAGCACCGACACGGAGAGCUCCAAAAGAGUGGCCAUUGAAAACAUGACGGAGAGAAACGUCCUCUGCAUGCUCGUUAAGGAAGACGCCGCCUCAAUUCUGGACAUCCACAUAGAGGGGAAUACUCCCCCGUUGGGAGCCCCAAAUGGAGAGGAACAAACAGCAAACAAGAACGACAAAGUGGAAGAAUUAAACCUAUGGCAAGUGCAGAACGCGGAGGAAGAACCAAACGAAGGAACUAGCUCACUUACAAAUGAAGACAAAAAAUACACCUUUUAUUUCUUCUGCUUAUUGCCCUUUGAAAAAAGGAGCCUCUACAUCUGCGCCCAUUCCGAUUCUACGUUAACGAAAACGGUGCCGCUGCUCCUCUCCCAUAUGCUGUACAUAAAUGAGGCAGACAUGAGGAGCAAGUUUGCGUCUUUAAAGAAGAACAUGAAGGACCACAUCAAACGGUGUAGGCGGUUCCUUGUGCACGUGAAUAUAAUCAAGUGCGCCCUGGCGCUGCACCCCAAGGUGGUUGAGAGCGAGCCGAUCGUGGUGGGCUCCAAGUUUAACGCGAAGAUAAAGAUUCACAACGAACACCCCGUUAAAGUAAAUUUUAAGACAAAGACGGAAAUUGUCCAAAUAGGCAGCAGGAAAAUAUUUGAUGAAGACGAAAUUAAAGAGGCAGACAGAAAUGUUGUGAUGGAAAAGAGCGAAGACGUGAUUAACUCCUUUUCGGGCAAAUAUGCCUACGUCUCCUUUAAGACCAGCCAGCAGGGCCGUUUCGUCUACCGCUUUUGCGUCAUCGUGGGAGGUAAAGGGGGAAAAAAUGGGGAGGGGCAUAAAGGGAGAAAUGUCGCAAAGGAGAAGAACCACGUCGACAUUGUGCUCAACGUGGUGAUGCCCUAUUUCCAAAUUAUCGACGUAAACGAUUUUAAAACUCCACAGUCUAUAUACUGGAAUAUGACUUCCGCGGAUCGGAUAAAUUCGUACGUCCUCUUCCCUGAGCAAUUGCUACUGCGUAGAUGUUUGCCCCUCACUGUGUGCAUGCAACUGCACUUUAAACGGCAGUUGGGAUUGAUUUUUUUUUUUUUUUUUUUUUUUUUUUUUUUUUUUUUUCUUUCUCCCCCUCUCUGUAGCUACCUAAAGGAAGACAUCUCAACGAUAGACGCAGAAUACAAGAAGAGCCAAGGGAUGGAGAACAUGAAAAAGCUGUUCAACCAGUUUGACUACAUCCCAUUUAACAUUGGAAAUAAUACGCUCAACGAGGUGACAAGAGUACACUUGGUUUUAUUUAACCCACUCAAUGUGCCCCUGAGGGUUCAUAUAAGCAGCAUAAAGUCGUACGUCCUUCCGGUCUUACCCCCCUACGUUAAAAAUGAGGAGGACAAGCUGGCCCACCUGCUCUACGUAGACAACACCUUCCGCAACUUCAUGAGGUGCCUGGACUGCUGCGAAAUCACCCCCACCGAAUUGGAAAUAAAAGAAAAGGGCACAAAAACGGUCACCCUGUUUUAUAAGCACAAAUACGUUGGGCUGCACAAUAUGCCCCUGAUAAUUGGCGUGGAAAAUGGAAAGGUGCUUCCCCUCAAUUUGAGUUCGCUGACGUUUCCCCCUCAAGUGCCCCCUAUAUAUUUGAUGAACGUGAAGGUACCGGAAGAGGGGCACACGCACAGCUGCCUUGUGGACCUGAACGAACACGUCUUGGGGCUGAAGAACGAGUGCAUCAUAAACGUUGACCUCCUGAACGACAGCGAAUUGGACAUCCACUACGCCGUGGAGCGGUGCAGCCAUUUGGUGGUUUUAAAUCCCAAGGGGGUUAUCAAACGGCGCAAGUACAUUUCCCUCUUCAUUUUGGUUUCGAGGCUUUCCCCGGCUAUAAUUAGCGAAACGUUGAUACUCAGGCCGCACUUUCGGCACUUGAACAGGGACAUAGAGCUUGACAAAGUCGCCAUAGAACUCACGCUAAACAGCACAGCGGAUAACGUGUAUAGAGAUGCCCACAAAACGAUCAACGUUUUUAACAACAGAUGCAUUGGUGACCUCCCUGAACGAAGCAUCAAGACCUUCUGCUCCAACUUCCUCCCCGCCUACUCUUACAUAUACGCUCAGAACAAGCUCUUUUAUGUCUCGCCCAGCUCGAUCAACAUUCUCUAUGCCCCGACGAACUCCAUCGUCGAACGGAUUGUCAUAAUAAAAAAUUACUCAUCGUUUAGGAACCUGAAAUUUAAAAUACCCAAAAAAAAUACCCUCCCCGGAAACAUUCUAAAAAUAACCCCCAAUAAAGGUAGCCCGAAAUGGAUCUUUUUUACACCCAUGCCAACCAACUGCACUAUCUGCAUUCAUCCCAUUUGUGAUUACUUGCCGCACACAGGAAUCGUCAAACGGGAGGGGCAGACCAUCCUCAGGCUUACCUUCAUCCUGAGUGACAUCCUCUUAGACAUCGAGGGGAACAUUCAGAUAGAGCUCAAGUACGUGCAAGACCAAGUGCCUGCACAAGGUGAGAAUGAAGAGGACAGGUGCAGCAUUGGUGCUGCCUCGGAAACGAUGAUUGAGGAGGUCUACGAAGACACGCGGGAUAAUCAGGGGCGAACCGAAGCGGCUAACCCUUUACAGAUUUCCAAGGCGAAGAAGGCAACCAAAUUCGAUGACCUCACCUUCUCGCACGCCCAAAAAAUAUUUGAGAACAUCCAGCUGUUCAAAUAUGCCUACGACAACGUCAACAGCAGCAUGCUACAAAAGGCGGUGCGGCGCCUUUACGGAGUUAAAAGCGGGGAAGCCUCCAAAGGAGAAAGCCCCAAAGAGCCCACCACACAGGCGAUCAAAGACUUUCCCAAGUUUUACUUUUACAUUCACGUGAAGUUAUUCACUUGCAACUCUGACGAUGUGGCGACGGCAAAGAAUAAUUUUGAGAAUUUGGUCAGAACUAAUAUUUACCCCCAGCACUUGUACUUUAAAAGGUAUAUCAGUCUGCCCAUUCCUCUGGAGGACAAAUCGAAAAGCUUCUUUAAAAGACACUACUUCGAUUUCGACAAGCUGGAAAGGCCGAUGGGGAAGCAGAGGGAUCGCGAUGGGCAGGGGGAACGGACCCUCUCUCGGGAGGAAAUUGCGCGUCAUAAGAGGGACAUCUACGCGUGCAUGUUCACCGAAAUGUUCAAGUGCAUAAUCGAGAAAGACAUCAGGAGGCACCUUGACAUCCUCUCCGAAAUCAACGCAUGCUCCAUCCAGACGAUCGAGAGCAUUCUGCGCGAGGAUAUAAUUGACGUCAUGCCAAGAACGACCAGAACCGACUGCAACUCCCAAACGAAGAGCGACUACUCAUUUUUGAAGCCAGCCAUUUUAUCUCACUUCUUUUCGCAUAUGUUUUCGGACAUCAUUGGCAGCCUUAUGGGCGAUGCGAGUUUGUUCGCCAAAAAUCCGAACUCAUCCGCGUCGUGGCCAGUGCCCUCCGAAGAAUCCCUGCCCGUGUUUAUAUACUCCUCUCUACUCCUGUUGUAA